CCGGUCAAGCCUGGGGCUGCGCCUUUCGUGCGCCGCUGAGGAACGGCCUUACCACCCUUCCCGCCUUUCCGGGUGGGGAGGCGAUCGCGCAUUCCCUUCGUCCUUUGGGGUGCGGGUGGAGCGGCGUUUCAGGGGAGCCUUAGCCCUUUUUGCGAGGUCGCUGGCCUUCCCACUCUCCAGUGGCGACACCAGAAUCCCCCCACCUCAGGCGGAUCCCAGCCGUGAGCGGCGCCCUCCACCCCUCCAGAGUUUUUAAACAAGAUUUCCACUUCUUGACGUGUCCACGCUAACGCCUUUCGUCGUGUUUUUUGCCCCUCCGUAGUUUCCUGUUUGUUACGAAGGACCCUUUGUCUCCUGGAUUCUUAGCGUUUGGAAACUUAAUCCUCUUGUUCCUAAUGAUUUUUACACCUGGGCCGAGUUGAGCGUGGGUGGGUGUCAAUGGAAAGCACCCAGAAAGGCGCUGUUUCUCGCAGUCAUGGAGAGAUUAGGUGUAAUUUUAACACUCCCUUCUUCAGUGUUCUCUAUGUUCGUCUAUGGACAGAGAAGAAAGUAGUGUUUGUGUAGUAUGUGUUUUUUGCAUGGGGAGUUGAUAAAAACACCGCUUCCCUUAUCUGUAUGGCUUCAGAGCAAUUUUGUGGUACUUUGUAACAGCAGCCCUAAGAAACUGAUCCAGGUGGGAUUACUUUCCCCUGCUCCAGGGAGAAAGAGGACUGUUAAUCACAGAAGAGGAGAUGCUUGCACUGAAUCUGAAGGGAUCAAUACGGCUUCACCUGGCAAGGCAUGGAGCACAGGACACUCAUCCCAUCGUGAAGACCCCAGCCUCAUGACCUCAUCUGAACCUAAUUAUCUCCCAAAGGCCCACCUCCAAAUGGCAUCUCAUGCUCUUGUGGCAUUAUCCUUCAGUGGAGCUAUUGGGCUGACUUUUCUUAUGCUGGGAUGUGCCUUAGAGGAUUAUGGCGUUUACUGGCCCUUAUUCGUCCUGAUUUUCCACGCCAUCUCCCCCAUCCCUCAUUUCAUUGCCAAAAGAGUCACAUAUGACUCUGAUGCAACCAGUAGUGCCUGUCGGGAACUGGCAUAUUUCUUCACUACUGGAAUUGUUGUUUCUGCCUUUGGAUUUCCUGUUAUUCUUGCUCGUGUGGCUGUGAUCAAAUGGGGAGCGUGUGGCCUUGUGUUAGCAGGCAAUGCAGUCAUUUUCCUUACAAUUCAAGGGUUUUUCCUUAUAUUUGGAAGAGGAGAUGAUUUUAGCUGGGAGCAGUGGUAGCAUUUUAUUCUGAUUACAGUGCAUUGAAUUUCUUAGAACUCAUACUAUAUGUAUACAUGUGCACAUGCUGCAUUUUACUAUGAAAUUUAAUAUGCUGGGUUUUUUAAUAUCUUUAUAUCAUGUUCACUUUAAGGAAAGCUUCAUAAGUAAAAGUGGAGUUUUAUUCUCAGCAAAUAGACCUCUCAAAUUUAGAUGAUGUUACUCAAAUAAUAUUACUUGUUUGGCUGUUCAUCUAGUCAUGGUGCUCUCGAAAAUAUAUUAGCAAAACCUUGUAGACAGCUGCUCCCUUAUACAGUGCAUCUAAACCUUUUGCCUGGGGAUGUGCUUGGAGAGGCAGAUAACACUGAAGCAGGUCUCUAUGGCCCAUGAAGGCAGGGGUGGGUCCCUCUUUGUGUUGUAGCCCCAUAUUCUUCAAAGUGUGGCCCACAGACCAAGAGCAUUGACAUAUAAGGACCUAGGACCUUAUUAGAAAUGCAAGAUCUGAAGCCCUACUCGAUCCAAGGCAUUUUGAUGAGAUCCAUAGGCGUUGAUGCACAUUGAAGUUGGAGAAGCAUCAUCAUAGAGAAGUAAACAUCUAACCCAACUUCCUUACCUUCUCAGUGGCUAAACCACUUAACCUCUCUGGGUAUUACCUGCUCAUUUGUAAAAAAAUAAAAAAGUCUCACCUGCCAUCAUGCUGAGGACAAGUUCAAAUGUUCAAGCCUAUAAUAUUUAGGCUGUUCCUCAAAUUUGUGAAGUGUUCUCAGAAUUGGGAGAUAGAGGGUACAGAGCCUUAGGAGGAAUAAGUGUGAUUUUAUUUUUUUUUAAAGAUCAGUUGCAUAGCAUGCUAAAUAUGGGAAUAAUUGAAUGUACAUUUCAAUAUUGCUAAGAGUAAAUUUCUAAUGUUCUCGUUACAAAAAAGUUAAAUAUUUGAGGUCAUGAUACGUUAGUGUAAUCAUUUCAUCUUAUAUUCAAAAAUCACAACACCAUUUUGUACCCUAUAAAUAUAUACAAUAAUUUGUCAAUAUAAAAAUAAGUUAAAAAGCAAAACAUGCCCCCUUGAUCCCAAAAAAGUUCUCAGCAAGGAACAGAUAUAUCUUCUUAUCUGAAAGGCAGUGCUGGGGGAAGAGCUCCACUGGGAUGCAGGCAGGGAGGCUGGGCUGGAGCCAGCCUGUGCAUUAGCAGGAGUGCGAGAAUAGAUAGGUAACUCUUUUACAUUUCCCUUGUGAUCUGGCACUUCUCCUCAGCUCCUUCCCUCUGCCUCCCACCCCUACUCCUCAGCAGUUGUGGUUUGCUGUGACCUACAGCUCUGGCUCCUUCCUGAAUGGAUAUAGGAGCCAUGUAAGCACGCAGUGGGUGGGCUGCUUAAUUUCAUUACAUGUUGAUGUACUCUUUGUCUUACAUCCUGUAGGUCUUUUAUAUAUAACUUUAUGCCACCCUUAAAUGAAUCAUGGGUGUACAUGUCAUGUUGAAUCCUGUAAUCACAGUUUUCUCAGCUUACCCUUUUGUCUAAGAUCUAUUGAGAAAGGGAAAUAUGGGAAAGAGAACCAUCUGAUCAGAAUACCACCAACAGUCUUUAAGCAUUGUUAAAGUGUGAAACUGAAAUACAUUCAAAACACUUAAACCUUGAGGCUUGUGAUCUGAGUAAUUAGCUGGUAUGAUGUUGGGACCACAAGAUAGAAAGUAGUAACUAAAGGGUUAAUCUGCAAUGUUAUUUUUUGGCCUUGUGUAUGAUUUUAUGUUUUGAAUGUGCUGUAUACAUGUAGAAUUGUUAAAGUUGUUAUUUCCAAUAUUUAUAUUAGAAAAAUUACUUAGAUAUUUUAUAAUUUUAACCAGCAUUUUUAAUAAUGGCACUUGCAUUUAUUGUAUUGUAAUAAAUUUCACUUUUAACUUUAAAA